GAAUUGGGCCGAGGCACAUACUUCAUCCGCAUCCGCAGGUGCGGGGAGGUGGAGACGGAAUCUCCGGUGCAACACCGUUGCGCGUGUUGAUAUCAAUGCCCGCUCAUCCGGCCGUCCAGUGGUCGAGACAGUUGGUAAACAAGUAGUAGUCGCCAAGUUGUCAGUUUUCAAUUGUGCAACAGACAUCAAAAUACCAAGCCACCAACCUAUCAGCUAAACAGACGAAGAUGCCGUACUCGCUCACCGUGAAGAAGACCGAGGGGAAGCCGGGGCAGGUUUACUACCCCCUUCAGCUGAACGAGGUUCCCAAGCCCUCGCCGGGCCCCAAACAGCUGCUCAUCAAACUCACGGCCGCGGCGCUUAACCACCGCGACCUCUUCAUCCGCCAGCACCUCUACCCGGGAAUUUCGUUCGACCAUCCGCUCCUCGCCGACGGCUACGGCGUCGUCACCCAGGUGGGAGACGACUGCGCCGCCGACUCGCGCGCGCUGCUCCACAAGCCGGUGCUGCUGGCGCCCAUGCGCGGGUGGGAGUCGAGCCCGGAAGGGCCCGAGGACCUUGGCACGCGGUUUGCCAUCCUCGGCGGGUCCCUGCAGACGCCGGUCGGGACGGCCCAGGAGUGGGUCGUCGUGGGCGAGGACAACGUCGUGCUCGCGCCGGAGCACCUGAGUCCCGCCGAGGGCGCGGCGCUGCCGCUCGUCGGCCUGACGGGCUGGAGGGCGCUGGUGAGCAAGAGCGGGAAUGCGGAGCGCGGGCGGAAUAUACUGGUCACGGGGAUCGGCGGCGGGGUGGCGCUGCAGGUGCUGCAGUUUGCGGUGGCGCUGGGGUGUAAUGUGUUUGUGACGAGCGGGGAUGAGGGGAAGAUCGAGAGGGCCAGGGAAAUGGGGGCGGUGGGAGGUGUGAACUACAAGAGUGACGGGUGGGAGAAGCAGCUCGGGGCCAUGCUGCCCAAGGAGCGGCCGUACCUGGAUGCGGUGAUUGAUGGGGCCGGAGGCGACGUCGUGGGGAAGACGAUCAAGCUGCUGAAGCCCGGCGGUGUUAUUGCGUGCUACGGCAUGACGGUCGGGCCGAAGAUGGACUGGCUCAUGCAGGCGACGCUGAAGCAGGUUGAGCUGAGGGGCACCACGAUGGGCUCCAAGAAAGAGUUCCGGGAGAUGGUUGAGUUUGUGCGCGAGCACAAGAUCCGGCCGGUCGUCAGCAGGGUGUCGAAGGGGUUGGACAAUCUCGACGGCAUCGAGGCGCUGUACGACGACAUGAAAACGGGGAAACAGUUCGGCAAGCUCGUUAUUCUGAUUGACCCCGAGGCGGACUCGUCGCCGAAGCUGUAAGAAAGUGGGGAGACGAGGACAUGGCGCAAGGCGUCUGGUCAUAUAAAAUCAGGCACAUCGGUAGAGACUACCAUCGUUUUAAGCACUGUCUUCGAGUAACGAAUGUUUCAAUGAUACCUUUCCUUCAGUUUCUACGCAAAGAAGAGUUGUUUUGAAAGACAGGCAGUGUCCAGU